CUCUGGAAGAAAAAGUCCAGAACCUAGAGAAGACAGGAUGGCAACAGCCGGGAAAGUGAUCAAGUGCAAAGCCGCGGUGCUGUGGGAGCCCCAUAAGCCCUUUUCCAUCGAGGAAAUCGAAGUGGCGCCCCCGAAGGCCCAGGAAGUGCGGAUCAAGAUUCUGGCCACGGGAAUCUGUCGCACCGAUGACCACGUGAUCAAAGGGCUGAUGGAGUCGAAGUUCCCGGUGAUCGUGGGCCAUGAAGCCACAGGGAUCGUGGAGAGCAUCGGAGAAGGCGUCACCACGGUGAAGCCAGGCGACAAGGUCAUCCCUCUCUUCCUGCCUCAGUGCAGAGAGUGCAAUGCCUGCCGGAACCCAGAGGGCAACCUCUGCGUGAUGGCCGAUGUCACCGGCCGUGGGGUGCUGGCCGACGGCACCACCAGGUUCACAUGCAAAGGCCAGCCUGUCUACCACUUCAUGAACACCAGCACCUUCACCGAGUACACCGUGGUGAAUGAGUCAUCUGUGGCCAAGAUCGACGCCACGGCUCCCCCUGAGAAGGUCUGCCUGAUUGGCUGUGGGUUCUCCACGGGAUAUGGAGCAGCUGUGAGAACCGGCAAGGUCAGGCCUGGCUCCACCUGCGCAGUCUUCGGCCUGGGUGGGGUGGGCCUCUCCGUCAUCAUGGGCUGCAAGUCGGCCGGCGCAUCCAGGAUCAUCGGGAUCGACCUCAACAAGAGCAAGUUUGACAAGGCCAUGGCCGUGGGGGCCACGGAGUGCAUCAGCCCCAAGGACUCGCCCCAGCCGGUCAGCGAGGUGCUGUCAGAGAUGACUGGCAACAGCGUGGACUACAGUUUCGAGGUCAUCGGGCGCCUGGACACCAUGGUGGACGCGCUGGCCUCCUGCCACCCGAACUACGGGACAAGCGUGGUGGUGGGCGCCCCACCCUCUGCCCAGAUGCUCACCUUCAACCCCAUGAUCCUCUUCACGGGCCGCACUUGGAAGGGCUGCGUAUUUGGAGGCUGGAAAAGCAGAGAUGACGUUCCAAAACUAGUCGCUGAUUUCCUGGCAAAGAAAUUUGACCUGGACCAGCUGAUAACCCAUGUUUUGCCUUUCAAGAAUAUCAAUGAAGGCUUUGAGCUGCUCUAUUCAGGCGAAAGCAUCCGGACUGUCCUGACGUUCUAGAUUCCCGCGGCCAGAGUCAGCACUGGCCAGAGGGAGCAGGGGCCUCCUCCCGCAUGGCCCUCCUCGAGCCCAGAGGCACUCACAGAAGGAGACUUGGUGAAGAGAAACAGCCUCCGUGGAACUGGUCUGGAGAACCUUAUGAGCACACACAGGAAUUAAUGGGGUGGGGGUAGUGGGAGGAGAAUCUCUAAAAUGUAAUUUGCAUAUUCUAAGGCUGUAAUCGUACAUCUGGGGGCAUACUUAUAUUUUCCCGUUUGGGGAAUAUUUGAAGAAGAGUCUUAACCAUUGAGCAUGACUGAAGAGCAAAUAGAGCAUACACAGAGUCUCCAUUCCUUCUUGUGUGGUAUCUGCUGGAA